CUGUCUCUCUUUCCUCCUUUUCUGUCUGCCACUAGCCUACCUGAGGGGAAGUGCACAAAGCCAACAAGAAAAUCUGGCGUGUCGGCUGGGCACUGCGCGCGCUAUGCUGCGGUGAAAGGCCGCUGUUUGCGGUGUUUACAGGGGAUGUAGUGAGGGACAGAGGCACCGCUCUCUCCCCGACGGACCGCGCCGACUGUCUGCUCUGCUCUGCCCGGCCCGCUGCAUCGCUGAGCGGCCUGCGAAGCACACAAGAUGUCGACCAGAACGCCAUUGCCAACGGUGAACGAGCGUGACACCGAGAAUCACUCUUCGGUGGACGGCUUUGUUGAACCCCCAGUCCCCCCGACAAAGUCUGCGAGUCGCCACAGCCUGCCGCGAUGCCGCAACUCUUUCACCUCCACAGAGGAGCUUCCCCAUAUUGGCAAUUAUCGCCUCCUUAAGACCAUUGGGAAGGGGAAUUUUGCCAAGGUGAAGCUGGCACGACAUGUCCUGACUGGACGAGAGGUGGCGGUGAAGAUUAUAGACAAAACCCAGCUGAAUCCCACCAGUUUACAAAAGCUCUUCAGGGAAGUCCGAAUAAUGAAGGUACUGAAUCAUCCAAAUAUAGUGAAAUUGUUUGAGGUGAUUGAGACAGAGAAGACGCUUUAUUUGGUGAUGGAGUAUGCCAGUGGGGGAGAAGUAUUUGACUAUCUAGUAGCUCACGGCAGAAUGAAGGAGAAGGAGGCCAGGGCCAAGUUCAGACAGAUUGUGUCUGCCGUGCAGUAUUGCCACCAGAGGAGGAUAGUACACAGGGAUCUUAAGGCAGAGAACCUGUUGUUAGACGCCGAUAUGAACAUCAAGAUAGCCGACUUUGGCUUCAGUAAUGAGUUCACUGUCGGCAGCAAGCUGGACACUUUCUGUGGCUCCCCGCCGUACGCCGCUCCAGAGCUCUUCCAGGGGAAGAAGUACGAUGGACCAGAAGUGGAUGUGUGGAGCCUCGGGGUCAUCCUCUACACUCUGGUCAGCGGAUCACUGCCCUUCGACGGACAGAAUCUAAAGGAGCUGAGGGAGAGGGUCCUGCGGGGAAAGUACCGGAUUCCUUUCUACAUGUCUACAGACUGUGAAAAUCUGCUGAAGAAACUACUCGUGCUCAACCCGGUCAAACGAGGCAGUUUGGAGCAAAUAAUGAAAGACCAUUGGAUGAAUGUGGGUCACGAGGAGGAGGAGCUAAAACCUCACAUCGAGCCAGAGUCGGACUUCAGUGAUAUAUCCAGAAUAGAGCUCAUGGUGACGAUGGGCUUCCCCAAAGAUGAGAUCACAGAGUCUCUACAGGGCCAGAAGUACGAUGAUGUCAUGGCCACCUACCUGCUGCUGGGCAGAAAAGCUCCGGAGUUUGAGGGGAGCGAACCGCUCACCAACAGCAUUCUGGGUCAGCGACAGCGGCCGACCAGUGACAUUAACAACAGCUCCAGCAUUUCUCCUGCUCAUCCCAAGGUCACACGCAGCAUCUCGGCCAACCAGAAGCAGCGCCGCUACAGUGAUCAUGGUGGGGAUGAUGAGGGUGGUGGUGGUGGUGUCGUAGAGAAGCCAAUUGGUCCGUCUGUGCCGCCGGCGGUAUCGUACACGAAGCGUGGCCAGGCCUUGAGUGUGGAAAGCGACCACAGGGAGGAGUGGGACGGAGCGCGCCGGCUGGAGCUCAGCACAUCGAAAGGAGACGUUCCCGCCUCACCACUAGGGGUGCAGGAGAGGAAGAAAACUACAAGUGCUGUGGGGACCAAUGGAUCAAUGACUCGCAGGAACACAUACGUGUGUGAACGAACCUCCACUGACCGCUAUUCAGCUAUUCCCAAUGGCAAAGACAGCAGUUUAACAGAGGUAUCAGGGAGCACCUCGUCGACUGCGAUGAGCGCUACACGACCUCGUCACACCAAGUCCAUGUCAUCGUCAGGGCAUCCUUCAAAGAGCACACUGCCCCCCAUCGACGACAACACAGAGCUGAAAGCCAGCUCCUCUCCGCGGGGUCCCUCCACCUCUCCGUCUGCACACAGUAUUAGCACCCCAGAGAAGAACCGUUUCCCGCGUGGUAACAGUCGCAGCACUUUCCACGGAGCUCAGCUCCGAGACCGGCGCAGUGCCACUUACAAUGGCCCCCCGGCCUCGCCCACGUUGUCCCACGAUACGGGGGCUCUCGCUCAGCAACGCAGGGGCACCUCCACUGGGAUCAUCAGCAAGAUCACCUCAAAGUUUGUCCGCAGGGUGCCGAGUGAGGGAGAGGCCAGUGCCAGGACAGAAACACCGAGAAGUGCGUCAGGUGAUACGAAGGAGGACGGCAGUCGGGACUCCAAGCCCCGCUCGCUCCGUUUUACCUGGAGCAUGAAGACCACCUCCUCCAUGGAGCCGGCUGAGAUGAUGAGGGAGAUCCGAAAGGUUCUCGACGCCAACAGCUGCGAUUACGAGCAGCGCGAACGCUUCCUGCUUUUCUGUGUCCACGGCGACGCUCGCCAGGACAACCUGGUCCAAUGGGAGAUGGAGGUGUGCAAGCUGCCCCGCCUGUCCCUCAACGGCGUGCGCUUCAAGAGGAUAUCGGGCACGUCCAUCGCCUUUAAGAAUAUCGCCUGCAAAAUUGCCAAUGAGCUCAAACUGUGACAGCAGAUGGAGUCCUAGUCAGUCUUUAGUGAGCUCUGGUUGCGGUCUAUUCUCAUCACUGGAUUAGUGUUGACUUACAGGACAGUACUACACAAUUCAGCACUGAAGGUCCUCACCUCGCAGAAUCAGGGUGGACUCGGCUGGUAACGUGCAAUACUGGCCAUGAAUGUACUGUACAGGGUAGUGGAUCAGAGAGAUAACGCAAGGUUUAACCUCUGUGACGGAGAGAUAGCAAAAAGAGCUAAACCCCAGUUUU